AUGACCACCUCAUUCUCCAUUGCUCGACUCGUCCAUCUCAAUUUCCUGUUGAUUUGUUCCUACCACCGUGGUCAACGCGAUGAUGUCCUGAGAACUGGCGGUCAGCUCACUCUGGCUGCCCCUGGGCUAGAUCUGGUUGCGUCUGCAUUAGAACCACCACUCCUUGGGUCACUCGAGCCUACAACAUCAAUCGGGGGCGCUGAGGUCAUCGAGGGACGGUCCUCGAUCGAGGAAGGCCUCGUCCCGGUCCUCGAUCACGUGGCACUGAACAAUCAAUUUGUCGACUUGCAGGCCGUGUUCAAUAAGAAAUUCGCGAAAGCGUGUGGGGUUUUGAAUAGGAUACUGGAAAGUUACGUGUCUAACAAGGGAAGCGACACGGAUUUGGUGGUGAUGGGGUGGUUAAAGUGGCGGCGGCCGCGUGAAGAGUCGGAGACUGCAUCGAGAUACUACAAGGAAGCGUUAGAUUUCCUGGGUGUGAGGAUGACGAGAUGGGUGAUGAUGGUAACACUUGAUGUGUUUGAUUCGAUGAUAGAUAGUUUUCAUUUUGUAUAUGUUGUGGGAGAGCGACAGAUGGAGAAAGCUAUCAAUAGGCAGAGAAUCUUGCUACAACAUUUGCGACCUCCUUCUUCUUUUUCUCCACAGACCUCUGAAUCAUCUCCUCUAGCUCCUUUGAUAUGCUUGGCUGCGAAUAAUGCUUCUGGGGAUGACAUUGUCAUUGUAGCAGCUUAUCGGACUCCUAUUUGCAAAGCCAAACGAGGUGGGUUUAAGGAUACACUUCCGGACGAUUUACUUGCCUCUGUACUGAAGGCAUUGAUAGAGAAAACGAGUAUUAAUCCUGCUGAGGUUGGGGAUAUAGUUGUAGGGACAGUUUUGGCUCCCGGUUCACUUAGAGCUAUCGAGUGCAGAAUGGCCGCAUAUUAUGCCGGUUUUCCUGAUUCAGUACCUAUACGAACAGUGAAUAGACAGUGUUCAUCUGGUCUCCAAGCUGUUGCUGAUGUGGCUGCCUUCAUUAAAGCUGGAUAUUAUGAUAUAGGCAUUGGUGCUGGGCUGGAGUCCAUGACAGUAGAUAAUAUGGGCCAGAUUGAGAUGGUUAACCCAAAAGUAGAGAUUUUUGCAAAGGCUCGUGAUUGUCUUCUUCCAAUGGGUGUUACGUCUGAAAAUGUUGCUGAACGUUAUGGUGUGACUCGGGAAGAACAAGAUCAAGCUGCUGUCAUCUCUCACCAACGCGCGGCUGCUGCACGUGCAUCAGGAAAAUUUAAAGACGAGAUAAUUCCGGUUUUUACUAAGAUUGUGGACCCUGCAAGUGGCGAAGCAAAGCCUGUUACUGUCUCAGAAGAUGAUGGGGUUCGGCCCAACACGAAUAUGAGAGAUCUAGCAAAGUUGAAACCUGCAUUCAAAAAAAAUGGAUCCACAACUGCUGGAAAUGCAAGUCAGGUGAGUGAUGGUGCUGGAGCUGUUCUUCUCAUGAAACGAAGUUUGGCCAUGCGAAAGGGGCUUCCAAUUUUAGGCGUAUUUAGGAGUUUUGCAGCUGUGGGUGUUGAACCUGGUGUUAUGGGUAUUGGCCCAGCUCUUGCUAUACCAGCUGCAGUCAAAUCGGCUGGCCUUGAGCUUAAGGACAUUGACUUGUUCGAGAUAAAUGAGGCAUUUGCUUCCCAGUAUGUGUAUUGCUGCAAAAAACUGGGUCUUGAUACUAAUAAAGUCAACGUCAAUGGAGGAGCAAUGGCCCUUGGGCACCCGUUAGGAGCCACAGGUGCCCGUUGUGUUGCUACUCUACUUCAUGAAAUGAAACGUCGCGGAAAGGACUCUCGUUUUGGUGUGAUAUCCAUGUGCAUAGGCUCAGGUAUGGGUGCUGCUGCUGUUCUCGAAAGAGGCGACUGAGUUGAUUGCCACUCCAAUAGGACAAGUGGGAAAUUAGCUUCUUGUUCAAGGAUGCAAAGUACCAAACCACUAUCCAUCCAAAAAUGGGACAUGAAAGCUAAGGAGAUUGUAUCUUUUGUUAUGCAUAAGACAUUACCAGAUCACAAACUGAUUUCCCAGUCAAAUGUUUAUGUAUUGAUGAAUUUAUUUGCUUUUUUUAUUAAGACUUUCCAGAAAUUAUAGCACAGUUUGCACAUCAUCCCUUUCAAAGACAAGACACAACACAAGUAUGUAAUGACCAACUUUUAACUCUUCAACUGUGAAACAAAAGAGUCCCUUUUCCAGGGCUUUUUUCUCUUCUUGAGAACGAAGUUCCAUUUCUUGGAUUUGCUCUUUCAAUUUCUCUCAGAUGUGUUCGAUUCAGUUGGAUGGUUAGAUUAGGUCUUUGCGUUGUGCUGUUUUCUGUUGUUGUUGUCUC